UUCUUACAAAACAGUAUUGCUCCUAAGAAUGUCACCUCCAAGAAUGUUGUUUCUAAAAAUAUCACUCCUGAGAAUGUCAUUCUUAAGAAUGUUGUUUCAAAAAACAUAACACUACCAAAAGCCAUAAUCAAAAAGUAG